AUGGACACUUACGGAUACCUAUAUACGUUGCCAUUCAUUCCAAGCAGUUCACAAUCGAAUCUAGUAGUAGCUGAAGAUGACGGUGGCUCUCAAGGCAAUUUUCAGAUCACAGCGACUUUUACGGUGAAUCAAUCCAUGAUUCUCGUUGUUACAACAUACCAUACGGACGACAUAGGAGAAUUCAAUAUUUCAAUUCACGGUCCCGCACAAUUAAGCUUAACACCAUAUAUUUCCACAUUAAAUAUCGUAACGAACACUAAUGAAGCAACCAGCGUAGAAACUACUGCAACAACUACUACAACACCCAUAAUUACAACAGCGACUACAGUAACCACCAAACUAGCUACUAAAAAAAGCACAAAAAGAGCUAUUAGAAGAACUACGAAAAAAGUCAUUAGACCAACUAUUACAACGCCAAUUGCAGUCACAGGUAAGUGA